AUGCGCACACAGCGCAGCGAGCCGCCCGUCCGCAAGGCGGCGCCGUCGCGGAGGACGAAACCGGAAGCGGAGCGCCCAAAGCAGGAAGCGGAAAUUGUGUUUAUACCGGAAGCGGAAGUUGCUCCCCCAACCCGGAAGCGGAAGCGGCGCUCGGGGGGCGCUGAGGAGGGAGGAGGAGGAGGAGGAGGAGAGGGAGGAAGAGCUCGGGGGUCCCGGGGGGCUCGGUCGGGAGCGGCGGGGGCGGCGCGGGAGCAGCCGAGGAGAGGCGGGGCCGCCAUGCCCCUCCCCCGCCCCCCCCCAUUGCCAUGAGCGGCCCCUCGGGGGGGGGGGUCGGGAUCGCCCCAAAAUCCCCAAAAUUCGCCCCAAAACCUCCCCAAAAUUCCCCAAAAUCCCCAAAA